CUAAUUGCUUCCGUUUUUCCACCCGACAUGAAUGCAUCUAUGUAGUUGGCUUGACGCAUGGACGCAUGUCAUGGAGCCGAGGGGUGUGUCCAAGGAUUUAAAUUCCUCAGACAUGCGUACAGGCCGUUCCGUGCUGCUAGGUGCGCCAUGUUGGCUAGCUGAAUGGGGAGUGGAGUUGGGCAAGCUGCUUGAAAAAGCAAACUAGUUUUGGGACAUGAAGCACUUUCAGAUAAAUUAAAUCGACGCAGUAGGAUUUAUCUGUUUCCCUGAUUGGUUGCCAAAAUUGCGCGCCAUUUCCCCGCGAAGGGUUUCUCGGUAACCUCGAGUCCAAUGGAUCCCAGGACCACUUGGAUCCAGCCGGAGCAGAAGGGACCUGCCCAUUCCGUGUGGAUGUACAUUUGGAAAACCUCUCAGGGAGCAAAAUCUGGCAUCGACAACCACCUUCACCACCAACACAGCUUUGUAGCGCAAAAUGCAAACUCCACGGACUCGAACGGCGAAGACUGUACAAAUUUAGCGCCGUCACCGGGACUUGUGUUUGGGAAACUGCCGGAGGGGGACAGCGGAGAGAGGGGAAGUGUCCGGAGGAAGGGCUCGUUGUCUCCGUCCUCAUCCUCUCUGGACUCGGAGGUCGAAAUGAGCUCCUCACCCUCCGGCUCCUGUCUGCAGAUCGACAGUCUGAACGUUGCAGAAGAGGCCAGUCGGUUUCUGCACUACGGCGAGCACGAGUUGAACGAGAAGCAUCUGAGACAGCAGCAGCAGCAGCAUCAGCCCCCUCCGCCUUCUGCCAGUGCUCAGCAGUACCGCUGCAGCAUGCUACAGUCCGUCGGCCACUCCCCCGCGGGGCUGAAAAACCAACACGGUAACAAGCACCGCCACAAUCAGGCGCAUACACCCGGCCGCAGGAGGCAUCUGAACAGGGCCAACACUUUCCACGGCAUCAACCCGCUGCUGGCCCACGGCUGCAAUGGACACCACGGGCAUUCUUCUUGUAGCCUGUGGAAAACCAGGCGCUACAGCUCGGGCAUCAAUGGUCUUCAUGAAGAGAUAGUGGACUUUUUUAACUUCAUGUCACCGCGACCAGAGGAGGAGACCAUGAGAAGAGAUGUUGUGAACAGAAUAGAAAGUGUCAUCAAAGAUUUGUGGCCCACAGCACGGGUGGAGAUAUUUGGCAGCUUCAGCACAGGUCUUUAUCUUCCAACAAGUGAUAUUGACCUGGUGGUGUUUGGAAAGUGGGACCAUCCUCCACUCCUGGAACUGGAACAAGCCCUUAGGAAACACAAUAUGUCUGGCCCAUAUCCCAUCAAGGUCCUCGACAAAGCUACAGUGCCAAUCAUCAAACUUACUGACUAUGAAACAGAGGUGAAAGUGGACAUCAGCUUCAAUGUGGAGACGGCUGUGAAAGCAGCGCAGUUCAUCAAAAGCUACCUAAAGAAAUACACUGUUCUUCCGCCUCUGAUCUUCGUCCUGAAGCAGUUCCUACUCCAGAGGGAUCUGAAUGAAGUCUUCACCGGAGGCAUCAGCUCUUAUAGCCUUAUACUAAUGGCCAUCAGCUUCCUGCAGUUGCACCCUCGGAUCGACACACGCCGUGCCAACAUAAACUUGGGCAUCCUGCUGAUAGAGUUCUUUGAGCUGUACGGCCGCGAUUUCAACUACAUGAAAACGGGCAUCCGGGUGAAGAAUGGAGGGGCUUACCUGCUCAAAGAAGAAACACUCAAAGCCAUGGGGAGUGGAAACAGGCCAUCCAUGCUCUGCAUAGAAGACCCAGUACAGCCAGGAAAUGACGUGGGCAGGAGUUCAUAUGGCAUCCUGCAAGUCAAGCAGAUUUUUGACUUUGCCUACAUGGUGCUGAGUCAUGGUGUAUCUCCUCUCGCACGUGCCUACCCCAACAAAGAGUGUGACAGUACUUUAGGGCGAAUCAUCAAAGUCAGCCCAGAGGUGUUGGUUUACAGGGACUGGACAAUCAAGAAGUGGGGAGCUAAGCAAUAUGCCAAGCUGGAAAACCAUGAUGUAGAGAUCUGUGAGCAGGAUCUCGCCCGUCUGAUGUUGGUUUCUGUGGAGGAUCAGAGAGACGCCUCUUCCCCACUCAGUGUAGACUCCCCCUCGCCAUCUCCAGUUUUCCUUCCCAGCCCUCAACACCGUUCAUCAUCAUCCCCGGCAAGCUCACCCUCCUCCUCCUCCUCCUCUGGGAGUGACAUAGAGUCUGAUUCUCCCCUGAACAGUAAUACUGCUAUCCAGCUCCACCCCUUCCCUCUGGCCUCAGGUUACUCAGUAAUCCCAAUGGCUACUGACCUGAGGACCACACAUUCAGCAGGAAGGCCAUACACCUCAGGUCCAAAUGUCUUUUACAGAAAACCUCCCUGAUUGCCAGUUCUACCACAAGAAUCUCCCCUGCAUCGCUGUUGUGCACCGUCACACAUCAGGACAUGUCACACAGCACACUAACUCCACAAGCCCUCUACCCAGCCCCCUCCAUCAUCUCCACCACCCUCAGGUCGGAGGGCAGCAGAGCCACACUUAUUCUAUGAGAUCCAAUUCCUAUGGCUUCAUUGAACCGCACAAAUUUAGCUUCAAGCACAGCCAAGGUGGCAGCAUCCGAGGUCAAACCUACUCUGAAGGUCAUUUCAGUCCACAGCGGCGGUUUGUUCCCCAGGUUCACAACAUGGCACCGGCUUUCAGGAACCAGCAGCAGUACAACCGGAACCCCUGGCGACGCAGAAAGAGGGACAGUGGUCCUGCUCUUAACCAGAGCAGAUGAAAGAAGGCUGGAUUUGACCUCAGUCGUGUUGAAGGGCUCACUCAGCCCACUGUGAGUCUUUGUGUUUAAAAGCUGUGAAUGGUUCACGAUGCACCUGUUGUUGCUGGAGGUUCACCUUACAUUGUGCUGAAAUUCCCGAGUCAAGUCGUCUCCCAUUGUGUCUCUCGAGGUCUCCAAUAAUUAAUCACUGAAGGCAUUAUGCAGUGAUGCUACAAGGCUACUGCGGGUGAAGGAAGACGGUAAAAGGCCUAACUGUGCUCAUGUUGUUGCAUCAGUCUGAUAGUAGUUCAAGCCCUUACUGUAAAUUUGAUGCACACCAGCACACACUUUUAAGGACUUCCUGAUUCUUCUCACCAGUGUUAACUUCCCAGCAGCUAAAAACUGUGGCUGGUUGGCCAAAGAGUUUGGUCUUGUAUUGAGUUUCCAUGCAUCUUAGAGCGUCAUGUGCCAUAGUACUGAAUUGGUUUAUCAAACUUGGGAUUUCAAUGUUUUGUCUCUUACUGGGCCUUUUCCAUCAGGUUUUAGGCCCAUCUGAACUUCUGAAUGCAACUCCCUACUAGCUCCGCUCUUGAUUCAGAGCUUAUACAGCUUUUACCAUCUAGAAAUUAUACUCUGGACUGAAGCGAAGCUCUACGUUUCUACCUAUGCAGUGCAAUGUUUUUGGUGUGAGGGCACAAAAUGGACCUUGUCUGAAGUGCUUAAACUGUGAUGACUUGUUUGAAUGUACUUCUUUUUUUAUGUCAUUCUCUUUUGUUAUUGUCACUGUGGGAUAAUUUUUUUUUGUUCACAUUGGCACUUUUUUGUUUUUAUACUGUAAGCAUUGCCACCUUUUAAGUGUGGUGCAUUUAUGUGCAACAAAACUUGCUUUUAUUUAAUUUAUUUCACAUUCAUUUUUAUUGUAGUGGUUAUCCCCACUAAAAGUUCACUGAUUUUGAUUUGUAGACUGUUUUAUGACCAUACUGUGCAAUAGAUGGAUUUAAGGACCUUGAAGGAAUGUGUACAGCUUUCUAGCAGAAGGGGAAGCUAUACUAUAGCAAUGUAAGAAAUGUGCCAAAAAUCCCAUGAUGACAACAUUUUACUUGAUUUACCAUCACAUUAUGAUCAGUUGAAUGUUGUCCAAAUGUUUUCACCGCUAGUUCUCAUUUUAACCAUAUCACUCAUUGUCGUAGCAGUGUUUACUGUGCAUCAAGUCAAAAAUAGUGGGUGCUAUUUUUUUUUACCAGCAAAGUGUUUGUUUUCUGCCUUAUAUCUCCUUCAAUUCUGUUAAAGCUACAGGCUAACUGCCUUCUUAAAUGACAGAAGUUGCCCUUUUCCCUGUACAUAGCCAGCUUUCUGUGUUUGCACUACCAAGGUUACUUGGCUUUUUUACAAACAGCUUCUAGGUGUAGGCUCCAGUAGCAGACUCCUAUUGCAGUCAAUGAUUACCAUUAACAUCAUGUCUCUUACUGAUCCAAAGGUGGCAAUUAUAAGUUGUAUAAGAGGUCAUUGCAUUUCUGACAUUUUCCUCUCCUUAUUUAAAGUCAUAUUAUAAAAACAAGAUGCAUAAAUUACAAUAUUCAUUGCCACCUAUUACAGGACCUGAGCUUGGGGUGUCGCAGACUGACCUUUACACGAGUUUUGGUAGAGCCAUUAACAAAAGUAAAUUUGGUGAAGUCGUGUUUCAAAAGCCUGUGAUUAUUGGAACACCCUGUGUACCAAUGGACUCAACACAAUACUGUUAGCAUUGUCCCCUUGUGUUCUGUGCUGCUUUACAUUUGGCUCAUCUAGAGGAUAAUGGAUAUAUUGUCAUAUCUGUUCUGCCACAAACCAAGUCCCCAGCUAAUAUCUGUGUACCGUAAGAUUGGCUCUGAUGUUUGACUGACGUGUAGAUGUAGACCUUGUUUUUUUA